UGCGGGGCGGGGGCGCCUGGCGGCCGCGGCGCGGCGGGACCAUGGAUCUCGGAGCGCCGCCCCGGCGCCGGCGGCGGGACCGCGGGCCGCUUUAAUUUUGAUUGCUGUUACUACUGAUAUCUGAGCCAAAGUGAUGAUGCUACCUGAGGGAAAUUUCUGCAACCCAUAAGUCAAUGAUUAUACGCUGGAUGGAAUGGUUCUCCCUGUAACACCCAGCUACGAGGCAGUGGUGGAGCACUGCAGCUCUGAUUGUGAGCCAUGCCUUUAGUGAAGAGGAACAUUGAGCCCCGGCACCUGUGCCGGGGAGCCCUGCCCGAGGGGAUCACCAGUGAACUCGAAUGUGUAACCAAUAGUACUCUUGCCGCUAUCAUUCGCCAGCUAAGCAGUCUCAGCAAACAUGCUGAAGACAUAUUUGGUGAGUUGUUUAAUGAGGCUAACAACUUCUACAUCAGAGCAAAUUCUCUUCAAGACAGAAUUGAUCGCCUUGCUGUCAAAGUUACCCAGCUGGAUUCCACGGUGGAAGAGGUGUCACUACAGGAUAUCAACAUGAAGAAAGCUUUCAAAAGUUCCACAGUUCAAGACCAGCAGGUUGUUUCAAAGAACAGCAUUCCUAAUCCUGUUGCUGACAUUUACAACCAGAGUGAUAAACCACCACCUCUGAACAUCCUCACACCAUACAGAGAUGACAAGAAGGAUGGGCUGAAGUUCUAUACAGAUCCUUCUUAUUUCUUUGACCUCUGGAAAGAAAAAAUGCUGCAGGACACAGAAGACAAAAGGAAAGAGAAAAGGCGCCAAAAGGAACAAAAACGUGUAGAUGGCACCACCCGUGAGGUGAAAAAGGUUAGAAAAGCCAGAAACAGGCGCCAGGAGUGGAAUAUGAUGGCCUAUGACAAAGAGCUUAGACCCGACAACAGGUUGUCUCAGAGUGUGUACCACGGCGCGUCUUCCGAGGGAUCCCUGUCCCCAGACACUAGGUCCCAUGCAUCAGAUGUUACAGAUUACUCUUAUCCGGCUACUCCCAACCACUCUCUGCACCCCCAGCCGGUGACCCCUUCCUAUGCAGCCGGUGAUGCACCACCACAUGGGCCUGCAAGCCAGGCCCCUGAGCAUGAGUACCGGCCCCCCUCUGCCUCAGCCAGGCACAUGGCCCUGAACAGACCUCAGCAGCCACCACCCCCACCUCCCCCCCAGGCCCCAGAGGGGUCCCAGGCCUCUGCACCCAUGGCUCCAGCAGACUACGGGAUGCUGCCAGCACAGAUCAUCGAAUAUUACAACCCAUCAGGACCACCACCACCUCCGCCGCCCCCCAUGAUUCCAUCAGCACAAACUGCUUUUGUGAGCCCCCUCCAGGUCCCCAUGCAGCCCUCCUUCCCCAUCUCAGCUGGCUCCACAUACUCAGCUGCCCCACACCCGCCCUCCACCGGGCUACUGGCCACCGCCCCUCCUCCCCCGGGGCCACCCCCACCCCCCCCAGGCCCCCCAGGCCCCGGCUCUUCUCUGUCGUCCUCCCCGAUGCAUGGCCCCCCAGGAGCUGAAGCAAAGCGUCAGGAGCCUGCGCAGCCGCCCAUCAGUGAUGCUCGAAGUGACCUCCUGGCUGCCAUUCGCAUGGGAAUUCAGCUGAAAAAAGUGCAGGAGCAGCGUGAGCAGGAGGCCAAGCAGGAGCCUGUCGGGAAUGACGUGGCCACGAUUCUGUCCAGACGCAUCGCUGUGGAGUACAGCGACUCUGAUGACGACUCCGAGUUUGAUGAAAACGACUGGUCUGACUGAGGCAGUGUGGGGGACGGGUGAGCCACUAGUGGCUGAGGACAGCGUGGCAACAGGCUGGUGGCCAGCCGGGGGCCCUGUGUUGGCGGUGCAGUAGAGAUUGCAAGUGUCGCAACACCCAAAUAGUGGUAUUAUAAUCCUGUAGCUUAGCACUUUUUGUAUUACUAAUGUGAUAUUGCUUCUGCACAUCCAAAAAUUCUGGGUUUUUUCAGUAUUUACUGUGUAAUACUUAAGUGCCACUAAACAUAGCAAGUCAUGCUGCACAUGAGGAAAUAUGCUGUAACUACUGCAUUGUCCUGAAAACAGCAUUUUGCUUUCCUCUCAGCCAUGACCGUAUUUAGUGCAGUUUGGGUUUACUCUUACUGAUAAUUCUGCAGACUCACUGUGUGUUUGUGAAGCUGCCUGGUGUUAAGUCUUUGCAAGACUAAUGACUAUGUGUCAGAGUGAUGUCUUCUGAUCAGUAAAUGAUAUUGUUUUACUGUUUGAA